GUUGGUGCGGGGCCGAUGGCGGCGGGUGCUGCUGCUGUGGAAGAUGAGGCUGCAUGAGAGCCGGACAAGGCCCUUCCAGGCUCCUGCCGCUGUGCACAGCUUCCCGGGCAGGCAGGUGUUCGUGUUCCCCCAUGGCCGCCCGGACUCGGAGGAGGAGUCCGAGGAGGAGGAGGAGCUCAACGUGAUGGAGCUGCGGCCCAGGGGCAAGGAGCAGCAGCGGGGCAGCGCCCGGGCCAGGCUGGGGGACGUGGUGCUCCUGGAGAGGGAGCUCACCGAGGAGGACAGCCUCAACAAGCUGGCCCUGCAGUACGGCUGUAAGGUUGCAGAUAUCAAACGCGUCAACAACUUCAUCCGUGAGCAGGACCUGUACGCGCUGAAGUCCAUCAAGAUCCCGGUGCGGCCGCACGGGCUGCUCACGGAGAGCGCCGGGGCCCCGCGGCCGCCCCCGGCGGGGCCCGCCCAGCCCGGCCUGACGCGCGUGGAGCCGCCGGAGCCCGACCCCGGUGCAGGGGGCUCCGCUGGCGGCCGGCGUCUCAGUGAGUACUUCAGGGGCAUCGACCAGAGCAUCCAGGACGCCGUGCAGGUGGAGGUGCAGCUGAACGCGGAGUACGGCGGGGAGGGGCUGCAGAGGCCGCCGCCCGAGGCGGGGAAGCGGGACGCUGGGAACGGUGCGGACUGCGGAAUCCAGUGGUGGAACGCCGUCUUCAUUAUGCUCCUGAUAGGAAUCGUCCUGCCGGUGUUUUAUAUCAUCUAUUUUAAAACACAAGGCCUGGUGGCCCACAGCUCUAACAUGACAAACUCAAAUGUUUCAACAGCUGGAUAGGAAGGAGAAUUACCACAAGGCUCAGUCGUAGGAAAAAAAUCCUAAAGUGAAAGGACAGCCCACUCCAGCCUCUCCAGCAGUGAUGCCCGUAUGCUUGUGACUGACUCAAGUGCACCCAAGGGGAUAAGACAAUACAGAUUAUUUUUAUAAGUAGCUGAUGAUGUAAUCCUGAAUUUGACUGAAAAUUAGGUGAUGUGAUUUUGAUAGGAAAACAAGGAUGCUUUGUUGCUUACAGAGAUCAUCACCCAGGUGGCUUCACAGUUGGGAACUCUGCUGAGGGAAAGUAUUUUGUAGCAAUUUACUCAUUAUGGUUGCUUCAGGUAUUUCUUAAUGCCGUGUCUAGAAGCAAAUUCUUUGCUGCUGAGCUAGAGAGUGCAGUAUUAAUGUGGCUGGAAAGUUGGGAGUUGGUUGCAUUUUAAAGAAACACUUUUUGCUGGAAGUGGGGGGACACUUUUUCUCAGAAGUGUCAUUUUUGUUUCUUGCAGACCGUGGUGGUUUUGGCCUGCUUGACCCUAGUGCUGCCUUCUGGGGCUCUAAGCUGGGUGUGCCAGGGCACAGUGAUGCUGCCAGCACCCCACCUUGUCACCCCUGUGAGCAAACCUUUGAGCUGUGUUCAAUUAGGAUGCAUCAGGGCCACCCCUGGGAAGGGUGAGCCCAGACCUCUUUCCCUCAGUGAAAUCCUUCAGAGAUGGCUCCUGAGAUCAGAGCUCUCCGUGCAGGAUCUGUGCUGUCCCAGCGUGCUGCUCAGCCCUGCGUGGCCCCAGGUGGGCAGGGGGUGUUGGAUGAUGACAGGAGAGCACGAGAGAGGAGUCACAGGCACUUCUCAAGGGCUCGUUUUCUGCCAGGAGGGCUAGUCAGUAUUAUUUGCUAAAAAAACUAAUAAUAGUCUGUAGUGGUGCUUCUCAGACACCCAGGCUCAGUCAUGGAAUUACUUCCUUGUGUGCAGUCUGAGUGGGAGUGAAGUGGGAGCUGGGUGCAGGUUGCAAGGUCCAGGACAGAAGUCCAAGAAGGGUGAAGCCUUUCUAGGAGAGCACCGUGAAGCUGCUGGUUGUGAGUUUCUGUGAACUGACCACGUGCACUGAAAAGCUUCGCAGGGCAGUGGAGGUGUUGGUCAGCCCCAGGGCUGUGCUCUUCAGUCACUCAGCAAACACUGCCUUCCGCAAGGGAGCAGCAAGGGAGGCCUUGGGAGCUUUGCUAAAGAGAAGAACUUCCCUCAGAAAUUUGAUUCAGCAAAUUCUGGGCCCGUGGGCAGAGGUAAAGGCUUUCCUGGAACCAACCACUAAAUGUGUGGGCAGGUGCUGUUGGUGCUGAGGGUGAGGGCAGUGCUGGUGGGCAGGGGCAGGAAGCUGCUGUUCAUCAUCCCCACCUCAGCCCAGCCCCGUCUGCACCUUCCCUGCUGCCAGCAGGACCACAGGGCUUUUCCAGCUUCCCCUGGCAGCCUGAGGCCGGCUGGGGCAGAGCAGGGGCUGUGGUACAAGCACCUGCUGUGCAGGUGUGGCUCAGCCUGGCCCGAAGGACUGCCUCUGCCUGGACAGGGAGGAUUGAAGCUUCUCCAGCAAGGUGAGGACCCUGCACCACUCAUUCACAACCGUGUGCUGCUACAAUGAGAACCUGCGUUCCCUGCAGCUCUCAAAAGUGGGAACCUAAUUUUGUUAAUGAACACUCCAAAGUAUCUUCUAUUGAACAAAAUCUUGUAUUUUUCUUCUGUGAAGAGCUGUACCUCUGUUCUGGGGAGAGGGUGGGACCAGGUUCUUACAUUUUUAAAUAAAGCCACAUGAAAUGAAAGCACAA